ACUAGUAUUUACUCGUAUCGUUUCAUCUAUAGUUGUGAUAGUGCUAUCGGUAGUUUGCCUUUAUAAAAACUUAGAUUUGUUAAAAUUAGUUUUGUUUCUAAAUUAUUUAAUCUGGUCUUCAAAAACAGCUGUACUAAAUCUGGUGGAUAAGGGUUUAAAGUAUUUAAACAAAAUAAAAGGAAUAUUUACAAAGCAUGAACAAAGAAGUACAUUAUGAGGGUUGGUUGAUAAAGUCGCCUCCUUCAAAAAGGAUCUGGAGAUCGCGAUGGCGUCGGCGAUGGUUUACUUUGAAGCAAGGAGAAAUACCAGAACAGUUUUGUCUUGAGUACUAUACUGAUCGUAAUUGUCGUAAACUAAAAGGCAUAAUUGAUUUGGAUCAAUGUGAACAAGUUGAUUGUGGACUUCGUUUGGAAAAUAGGAAACAAAAGUUUCAAUUCAUGUUUGACAUUAAAACACCAAAACGGACAUAUUAUCUAGCUGCCGAUUCUGUUGAAGAUAUGCGGGACUGGGUUAAUUGCAUCUGCCAAGUUUGCCACUUACACGACUUUAAACAUUCUUUGGAUGAUUACGGGGGCGGUUUAUCCAACAAUAAGAAUAUAUGUUUAGAAACCUUUGACGAUAAGACACAAGCAGUAGCCAACAACCGUACGGGCGGCGAUGCGCAAUUAGUUACUAUACCGUUUUCACUUCAUUGCAACAAUGUAUAUCAAAAUAGCGAUUCGACGUACGUAAAUGCAGAAAAUACCAGCAAAGGUUUCAGCUCACUUCCACGCCAUUUUAAAAAUACUCGCGAUACAUCUGUAGAACGAACAUUAAGAGAUGUAACGCCCGGCAUUGUUGAGAAAAUUUAUUUAAAUACGUCUGUAUUGCCUGAUUUAAAGGAAAAUACCCUAGACAUCUUACAUCCACCAUCGCGAAAAGUGCCCGAACAUUUAAUACUACUUAACUCACCUUUAUUGGAAUCUUUCACACUUAGUGUUCAACCAUCCCCUUCGCCGAGCACCUCAUCUGGUCCUUAUAUUCCCAUAAGCGAAUGCUUCACAGGAGCGCCUAAAUACUAUGAAAAUCCUACCACGCCAUUGAAUAAUUUGGAUCCAAAAUUCUACGAUACACCUCGAAGUCACAAUAAUAUUGGCUUAAAUUUAACCAACGAUAAGUCGUAUUCACCAAAAAUUACAAACUGUAGACAGGAACAAAUGACAGCCGUCAAAAAUUCUACAACAGUCAAUAAUCAUUCAGAUUCGGAUUCUGAAAGCGUAUUCACGGAUGAUGAUGAUUGGACGUACCCUAUGCCCCUCCGUGAGAAUGUUGAUCGCAGUACGCUUCCUUCUGACAGCUCUCUCGAGAACGAAUCAUUUGUUUUGACUUACUCUCAAAGAUUUUCUAAAUUACCUGAUGAUGUUAAUGAGAAAGGAAACGAGUUGAAAUAUAAUGUAGAUUCUGGGACAAAAUCUCAACAAUGCGAUAAAGUCAAGGUGUGGAGAAAUACACGAAAUUUGUCCCUAGAUAUUAAAAAAAAUGAAAGAACAUCAAAGGAAAUGUCUCAACUAUCCGACACAGAAAACACUUCACCAGCAAUUGGACCAAAAGAAGCCAGCUCGCUUGUUGAAGAGAGCUAUGACAUACCUCGCUCUCACCAACUUCCAUAUUAUAACAUAGAUCAGAUGUUUAAGGAAAAUCAGUUGGAUUCAAAAGUAAAAUCAUCAAAAUGCACAAUGCUAUUGUCAUCUACAGUUGAAGAUACUAAAUCAGAAUAUAAAAUAAUUUUGAGUAAACAUUUCUAUACAAACGCAGCUCCUAAAAAUGUUGAAGGAAAUGUUUUCCGUUAUGAUUUUGUAGAUCAUUCUGAAUUACCUCCCGUAAACCGUAAACUCAAACCAAAAAUUAGUACUUGGGGUAAAAUCCAUGAGAAACCCUGGAAAAAUCAGCCUAUGACAGAUAAAAUGGUCAAUAAUACAUUCAGCGGGGAAAAAUCUGCUUUGAAACCUCCAUCAGUAGAUCGCAAUCUUAAACCUAAUGCUUUUAAGUUAAUAAACCCAGCAUUGAAGGAGCAGGCCUUUCGGCGUUCUACGGAUUUGCCAGCAACCGAUCAUUCGGUCGAAACAGAUAAUUAUGCUUUAGAAGUACAAACUUUGCCUCGUAAGCUAUACUCACCUACAACCAAGAGGAAAAAUCAAAUUAGCGUUGGAACCAUUGACACUUCAGUUUUGCAUCAACGUUUAGAAUCUACAAAUAGUGCAGAUCAUCAAACGUUACCUAACUUAAGACAAAGUUCAGGAAAUGAACAUCAACUUCAAUAUUUUGAUUUAGAUGUAGCUAAUCCACCAAACGCAAAUCGUCAGAGCAUAAGUACAAAUAAUUUGACAAAGCAGGAAUCAGUUAAGGUCGAUCCAUUAACUUUGAACUCUUUGAAAAGCGGCGUGGUUUAUAAUUCGGUAGAUUUUGUUAAAACGGAAGCAUUUAAACGCAUCCGUGAAGAACGCAAGAAAGAAAGUGAUGGUGUUAAAACUAAAUAAAAAUGUAAGUGGGUA